UGAAGUAAGGCUGCAUCAAGAGCUAUCUCUAUCCCGCUGUUUGGGGACUUGUUAGGCUGAUAGGGAGUUAGUCGGGAUAAAGUGGAUAGGGAAAGUAACACUAGCCGAAUAUAGCUUAUGUAAUAACUGACAAUAUCGAUUUCUGACUCUGCUAUCCCUCGGACGUGUGUAACACAUGUAAACACUGCAGUACUUGAGAGUAGGACUAUGUUUUAGAGUUAAAGGCACCUGUUUACCAUUGUUUGGAGACAAAGUACAACUUGGAGUAUCUGGGAAUUGUUCUGUGAUCUAGGCGAUUCGAUAUGUUUUCGAAAACUGUGGUAUCAGUUGCGUUUCUCCUCACGAGUGUGUUUUUUCUGGCUGUUACAGCUCGACCCAUCCUAGACGGCACGCUCCUCAAUAUAACAGCCCGGCGAGGCUCAACAGUCAAACUCCCUUGUAACAUCCAGAACCUCGGCACGCACAAGGUGGCGUGGUUUGACGGGGGUGAAACCGUUAUCGCAGUCAUGGACCGGAUCAUCUAUGAUAUCUCUCGAUACAAUAUUGAACGUCUCUCUGUCAAUGACUGGAGUCUCGUCAUUCGUCACGUCGGACCAACAGAUGAAGGAAUCUAUAGAUGUCGCGUAGACACCCAACCAAUCCUGGUGAAACCUAUCCAACUCAUCGUUGAUGGUAGAGUUGCAGGUGGAAUACGUGUGUGUAUUCCUCAGGUAGUGGACCGACUCCUUCGCCACGUACGUUGCUGUCGGAACCAAUAGCAGAGGAACCACGGGUUGUACCGGGAUCAUAUCCUUGGCAGGAUGCUGGAAGAGCGGGUUACCAGUGCCAUCAGAUGAAUCUCUAGCUUGUGGUCAAUGUUGUCAACAGCCGAUGUUGUAAAGAGGUUUUCUGUCAGUUAAGGAGGACAAACUCUACCCUAUGUUUCAUAUCGCUCAGGCGAGUAGCUGCCAAUACGCUUGCACGUAGGUGAAUCAACCAAAUUUUCAAGCAGAAAACACAAACACCAAUUGUGCCCCUACCGGAGUCUUACCCUCAACACGCUACUAACUGAAUCAGCUCUGACUAAAAGCUAACUACGUCCCUGUCGUAGGCAUACAUAUUCAACAAGUUCAGUGGAAAUAUUCAGUACUCUUUCUUAGUCCCCACCUUUAGAAUGUGUCAACAAGCUGACGUUUUCCCGUCUGACUGUAAAGAGCGAUGGCGAUGUAAAUACAGGGAGGAGUAAGAAUUAGACAAAGACAACUCCUGGUAAUUGUCAUCAAUAGAGCCUUUAGAGGUUGCCUGCAUGGCUAAAACAUUUCGUCGAAUUAACUGUUAGGCCUUGGAGAGGUGACUGGCUUUAGUGUCAAAGGGUUCAGUGAUUACUCGUCGUAAUGCUGAGCCAUCAUUGCUGUUAGAUACAUGUAAGUAUACCUACCAUCUCUGUAGGCCUGUAAACCUGAGAUUUGUCCUAGAAUCCAUUCUUUCAGUGUUGUGGUGUGGACAUCGGUGGACGCAUCCUCUGCACCCCUGGAAUAUGUCAUUGCAAAAUCGAAGGCUCAGUGUACAACACCUCGUUGAUGACACGAGAUGACCAGUUUGAUCAUUUGAUGUAAAUUAAAAGAAUUUCGCGGUUGCGUAACGGUUAAACCUACCAGCUUUGAAGUCGGUCGCCGCUCCUCUUUGAUCUUCAAGGGACAUGUAUCAGCCUAGUGAUUGGUCAGUUUCUUUUUACCUGAGACCAAUCAAAUAGCUAGCCGCGUGCGUUCAAUUUAGCUAUGAUAUAGUCCAGGGAUGUAGAGAACGUAAGUGUGCGGUGGAUGGUGUGCCGGGGUUGUUUAAUCUGUUACCA